AUGCAAAAGCCAAUAAUUUUAAAUAAAUCAAAAACAGAACCUCCAAACAAUGAACUUGCUUUUUAUCACCUUUAAUAAAGUGAAGUAAUAGAACUGUAAUAUUUAUAUGCAGAAGUUGAUAUAGAAUAAUUAAAUGGAUCAUGCAUAGGAGGAGAUAAAUAAGGCUUUAAAAUUGGAUCCAAAAUAUGCAGAAGCUUAUUAACUGAGAGGUAGUGGAGUGAUAUUAAUUACAUUUAGGACUGAUUCAUUUUAAAAAAGAGGAAAAGCUUAAGGCAUUAGAUGAUCUAAACUAAGCCAUCUUCCAUAAUCCAAGUUUGGUUAGCAGCUUCUAUCACAGAGGUAUUUCGAAAACUGAUAUAGCUACAAUCUAUUAGAAAAAUUAAAUGCUAGACAAAGCUUUAGAGGAUUGCGAUCUGGCAAUAAAAUUGAAUCCUGAUUAUGCGUUGGCUUAUAGCAAAAAAGGUUUUUAUAACUUCUUAGUAACAAAGGUUCAUUGAUGAAGAUCAAAGGAAGAUUAGAUGAAGCUCUAGAUUUGUACUCCAAGGCAAUUGGUCUUGAUAAAAAUUGUGCCAAUGCGUUUCUGCACAGAGGUAACUUGAGAAUAUGAAAGUAAGCUCUUCUAUUUAAGGAAAUUCGCUAACUCGAAAAAGCACUUAAGGAUUAUAAUUAGGCUAUUGAAAUCAAUCAAAAUAAUCCUAAUGCAUAUUUUAAUCGAGGUGAAUAAAAGAUUUAUGAUUAGGAGUUUUAUUGAAGGAAAUUGGAGAGUACGAAUAAGCUCUUUAAGAUUACAAUAGGGCAAUCUAGUUAAAUCCAACAAAUUCCAUAACUUUUUUGAAUAGAGGUAAAUCGAGAUAUAAUAAGGUGUUUUAUUGAGCAAUAUGAAUCAGAAAGAAAGAGCUUUAAAAGAUUAUGACAAGGCUAUUGAAAUUAAUCCAGAAUAUUCUAAUGCUUAUUUGAAUAGAGGUAUAUAUUUGUUAAUGAAUAGCUCUUUUGCUUUGUGAUAUGGAUUAGAUUGGCAAAGCAGUUAAGGAUUGCAAUUCAAUCAUAAAGAUUAACAAACACGAUGCAAAUGCUUAUUUUAACCGUGGUAUUGAAUAUUUUGAAAAGAGGGUUUUUAUUUGAUAAGUUGGAUUAGAGACAGCAAGCACUUGAUGACUACACUUAAACAAUAGAAAUAAAUCCAAAAGAUUCUAGGGCAUUCAUAAAUAGAGGUGAAAAUUUAAUGAAAACGUAGGCCUAUUGCAUUGGAGAAUGCAAGAAAAAGAAAAAGCAAUGAAAGACUGUUUUACUGCCUUAGAAAUCUGUCCGAACAAUCCUCUUUAUCUCACUAUAAUAGGUGAUUUAUAUUUUCAGGAUUUAUAAUAUGAAAAAGUGCAUUAAUAUUUCAAUGAGGCUUUGAAAAACAUUGAAGGAAUGCAACCUGAGGAUUAAACUAAAUGGGGUUUGUCAGAUGGCAAUAUCAGUUUCAUUAAAAUAAAACUUUAGAUUCUAUAAGAAAUAGAGCGUGACAUCAUAUUAGCAAAAAAGCAAAUAUCCCAAUUGCCUAUGAUUUCUGCAUAAGAUCAGAAUUAAGCAAAUGAAUAUUUCGAGAGAGUUGAGAGAAUCGGAAGGUCAGUUUCUAUAAUAGUUUCACCAAACAAUGAAUCAUAGAAACCAGAAAUGCAAUAGAAUAUGAUCAAAUAAUUCUAAGAGAUGUAGUAGCAACUUAAAUAAUUACAAUAAUAGUUGUAAUAAUAAAAUCAAGUGAUUAACAAGAUUUAAAAUUUAGAUAACUUCUAACUAGAAUUUAUGAUGGAAGAGUUGAAGAAACCAAGAAAUAAGCAUCAGUUUAUAUAUUAUAAAUCAUUAUUUUGGAGAUUGUACUUCUAUAUGCAUGCGAUGUAGGAACUCUCUACAAAUCUAUUUUAAGUCAAUAAAGAAGCCUUUGUUGAAAGUACUUCAGAAAAGGUUGCAAGCAUAUUAUAGAAGGUUUUUAAGGUUGGAUCAAAAGCUUUAGAGCAAUUACCAAUUAUUGGAGAGGCAUUCAAUAUAAUUAAUUCUGCAUUAGAUUUUGGAAUAGAAUAUCAAAAAGAUGCUAAGUUUAAAAGAAGGAUAAUUCGUUUGACUAAUAUUAUGAAAGUAUUUGCCAUAACCCCUUCAGAUUUAGAGAAAGAAGUAUAAUUUGCAGCUAUAGAGUUAAGUAAAUUGUAGGAACCUGGGAUGAAGGAAAUCCCUAUGUCUAAAUUCACAUAAUUUGUGGAAAAAUUAUCUGUACUAGAAAAUAGUUAAGAAGAGUAUAGCAGAGAUCCUUAUUGGAAGAAAGGGACAGUAGAUUCAUUGAUAAUCUUGAAAUAUUUAGAGGAUAAUAAUGAUGUGAUUAUUUUGGAAGAUUAGCAUAAAAAACUUAGGCAGGUAUUCAUUGAUGCCAUUCUAAAAAAUCAAAAUUCAUCUUCGAAUACAAUGAAGAAAUCAGAGAAGUAGAUCUCUAAAGACAAGGAAGAAAACGAUAAAUGUAAAAUAUAAUGAAU